AGUGACGUCACUUGCAGGGCCCGCCCCCAGCCGCCCAGGACUCCUGAUAUAGCCGCUGCUAGCUAGUGCUCCGGAAGCUGCCCCUCCUCGGGGGUCAUGAUGGGCAGUAAGAUGGCGUCUGCCAGCAGGGUCGUUCAGGUAGUCAAGCCACAUACUCCAUUAAUAAGGUUCCCAGACAGAAGAGACAAUCCUAAACCCAAUGUAUCAGAAGUUUUGAGAUCAGCAGCACUACCAUCUCACCCUUCAAUUUCACAGCAUUCUAAGGGAAGUAAAUCGCCAGACUGGCUGAAGCAUCAGGGUCCACCAGACACUGCAGAGAUAAUAAAAACAUUACCUCAGAAAUACAGAAGGAAACUUGUGUCUCAGGAAGAAAUGGAAUUUAUCCAACGUGGAGGUCCAGAAUAAUUACUACCAAUGUGGCUGCUGUUUGUCAUCAAACAAAAGAAUAGUCUUUACAUUAGAGGACUUCAGAAUGACAGAUGAAAAAUUGUACAUUAAGCAACUUUAAUAAAUACUCUGUAAAAAAAGAAAAUGAAGUAUAGAAAAUUUAGAUGGACACUUAUAUCUCCUAAUUUAUGUAUCUGGGUCAGCUUCUCCACAAGCUUACCUAAUUGUUUAUAUACUUUAUACUUAUUAAAGUAUACAUUUUUAAAUGUUAGCCUAUUAAUUUACUCUUGAUUAUCAAGCAUUACAGUGUUGAACUAUUAAAAGCACACAAUGUCUACUGAAGUAUCAUAGGUUUCCUAUAAUUUUACUUUUCUUUCAAUUUCUGUUUAAACAUGGAAAGAAUAUCAGGCAGAAUUGUAGCUUUCUGGGAAGUAAUCUUCCUGAAAUUGAAGGAGGAUCAGUGAAAUAAUGACUCCAUUAUUUGUUCUUAACUCUCUUAAUAUUUUUGCAUUCACAGAGUUAAACUGAAAUAUAACCAGCUUAAUAAGCAUAUGGUACUCUAAAUGAUAAAAAUAUAGCCAAAGUAAAACAGGUGGCUUUGUGGUAUUAAGACUAAGGAGUUAACACAAAAGAUUAUUUGUAACCUAUAUUCAGAAAAAAAAUGUCAGUAGUUAAAAUGGAAAAUAAGAGAUCAAAAUGAAUAUAACAUAGGAAUAAUGUUUGACCAGAAACUGCUUUUGUUUCUAGGGAUGUUAAGAAAGUCUUGUUCUUUGGUUUAUUUUACUGUUUUGAUUGUGAUCAUGUAUAUGAAUCCUGAUAAUCAUAAAACUUUCUCAAACUUAUUGAAAACCUCAUAAAAUUAACCUAUUUACCUUUUUAUGCAAUUUAUGCAAUUUUAAUAGGGUCUUCCUUUGCCAAGGGUAUGUAUUAUUGUGAAAGUAAAGCCUCACAAAGUGAAAUAAAUUCUACUGCAUACCUUUAA